AUGUACGUAUAUGUAAGGGGUGCUUGCCCCUGGCUGGAUGAGCAUCUGAAGACCUUCAUCAGGAGGCAUGUGCCUGAUGCUGUCUUCAUCGAUGACAUGGCCGACUUCCCUCCAGACGCGGACACGCAGCUCCAGAUUUGUGACGGCUGGGAGCUCCAAGAGCACUUCGCCGUGAUCAACCGUGCCAAAAACGGCGUAAUUAAUGCCUAUCCGAACAGCGAUGCCCUGGCCCGCAAAGACUACUUGUCCCAGGCGGUCGACUUUUGGGCUGCCAAGAGGCCUGGCAGCAAGCUGCGGCAGCAUGUCCCUGCCACAGUUCGACUGUCCCUGGACUACGCUGAGUACGUCGACGAAGCGCUUGCCGCUACCGACGACUUGACAUUGCUGCGCUCACUUGAGGACAACGCCAAUAAGCCUCCGUCUGAGCGUCAGUGGUGGAUCCUCAAGCCUGCCCUGGUCGAUUGUGGUGCUGGCAUCCGUCUCUUCAGCACCAUUGAGGAGCUAGCCGGCCACCUCGAACUCGCCGAGUACGAGAUUGACAGCGAUGAGGAGGAGGAAGUGGAAGAUGUUGAAGCAGAAAGAGAGGAGGAAGAGAAAGAAGACGCCAAUCAACCGCCUUUCACACCUACUCUCACAACUCCCGGCCUCGAUGCUCUUGACGUCCUCGUAACAACUACCGGCAAGCUCUCCCUCAGCAGCACGAGAGUCUCCCGCCCGAAAAGGCCAAAGUAUGUCUUCAAAGCCAAUGGUCGCAUCCCCUCAGCCCAGAUGCGUGCCUUCGUCGCCCAGCAGUACAUCCUCCAUGUGCCGCGUAUGGACGGUCGCAAGUGGCACGUCCGCGCCUAUGUGCUGCCAAUCGGCCGGCUGCGUGUGCACGUCUACCGUGAGAUGCUCACCCUGCUAGCCGCAGAGGAAUAUAAGUACCCAUGGGAGGAGGGGGCAUCGCUGCGGGCUUUUUUGACCAACACGGCUCUGCACCUGAGUGAUGAGGAGGUGUUGGGGCGGGAAUCGAUGCGAGAAUUCUGGAAGGAUACGACGGCGGUGGAUGAUGGAGUCCUCGGGGACCCGAAGGAAUGGAAGCAAAAGGUGUGGGAGCAGGUGUGUAAGAUCUCGGGCGAGGUUUUCCGAGCCGCGGCACACACGAUGGCCGAUAAGUUCACGACUAUGGAGAAGUGCUAUGAGCUGUUUGCUUUGGACUUCCUGGUGGAUGUGACGGGGAAUGUGUGGUUGUUGGAAGCUAACGAGACGCCGGCCUUCUAUGAACAGGGUGUGGCAGGGCCGAUGGCGAAGAGGCUGAUGGAGUCGGUGAUGUGUGUCGUAAUGGAGCAUAUGGGUUUAGCAAAGAUGGACGAGGAGAGUCAUAUCGAGGCCAGGAAGCGGAUGGUUCUGGUGUUGGAUGAAACGGAGAGCUUGGGGAAGAGCAACAUCACAGAAAUUGUAUCCGAGGGUUGCCCAUGGACUGCGUAG